GGCGACAUUUUAAAAAAUUUAGUCAGAAAAUUUGAUAUAAAUAUAAAAUUAAAUCACGAAGUUUAAGUGGAGUAAUUGGUUUCUGAGUUGUGAGGAAUUCAUUGGUUUCAACGAUUGUCAAAUUGCGCAGAUUGAAUGGACCUUUUAUCUACGUUGCCGGGUGAGUGUUUAUCGGAGAUUCUGCAGCGAACUUCGCCUGCGGAUGCCUUAAGAUUCGCUACGGUCUCAAAAGGGUUGAAAUCCGCGGCUGAUUCCGACGUUGUUUGGGACGGAUUUCUGCCGAAGGAUAUGCCGGAAAUUAUAUCAAGAUCUGUAUCUCCGGAGCCGGCGGUCUACGCCAAGAAGAAAGAGCUAUACUUGAGCCUUUGCAACUCUCCCAUUCUUAUCGAUGCUGGAAAAUUGAGCUUUUGUCUGGAAAGAAAGAAGGGCAAGAAGUGCUACAUGGUGCGAGCAAAGGAGCUGGGAAUUAUCUGGUGUGGCGACACCUCAGGUUUUUCAAGAUUCUCGGAGGUUGCUCUGUUAAACGAAGUUUUCUGGCUUGAAAUCAGAGGCAACAUAAACACACGGAUGCUAUCCUCCGGCACCGUCUACGGAUGUUAUCUCCUCUUAAAGCUAGACCAGAAUCCUCGCGGGCUCCAAUCAGAAAAUGCAUUUGUGAGAUUCACGAAUGAUGAAGUCAAUGGUGAUGAUGAGAGGGCAGCUAUUCUGGAUCACUUCGAGCGGGAGAAUGCUUGUGACCGACGCAGAGGGAGUGGCAAGGGGCCGGUAAGGAUAGGCGACGGCUUGACAGAGAUUGCGAAGGUGCACCUGCAACGCCCCAGUAGAUCUCAGCAGCGGGAGAGUGGAAGAGUAGCUGUGGGGAGAGGUGAUGGAUGGAUGGAGGUGGAGUUGGAUAGCUUCUAUAACGAUGGAGGUGACGAUGGAGUGGUGGAGACAUGGCUGAUGGGGAAGGAUGGCUCUCAAAUGAAAUACACACUUCGUUUCAAGGAUUUGAGUAUCGACCAAAAAGUCACUCCACCUUCCUCGUUCCUGUACCUGAAAUUAAACUUACACAUAUUUCCCCUCAAUUUAAAAGAAAGAGCGACCGAUAUGUCGAAAAACUACGACAACUGGGAGAAGCUAGUCGGAGCUGUGCUGAAGAUAGAGCAGUUCCAGCAAGUUGCUAUGUGCAACUCAACAAGUUGCAGCACCAUCAGUGACGACAUAUCAUAUUUAUGGCUUGACGAUGACGCCCCAAAAUAUCCAACACUCUCACUUUAUUAUGAUGCAACACAUACGGCAACCAUUUGGGGAAUGUUCCUUUCUCCACCUCAAGAAUUUCACUCCGACCUACAUACAAUACCAAGUUUGGUACCUGGGAAGGUGGUGUUUCUUCCGGUUGAAGCUAGAGAAUUUGUGAUUCAGACUCAUGAUUCUCCCGCGCAGUAUUUUCCUUUCUCUAGAAAAUACGAAAACGGUUCCAGUUUGCGGGGUAGGUUUGAAACAGUGGGGAUCAACACUUUUUCAGCAGUCGAUAUUCGAGGGAAGAUCAGAACACGGCUGCUGACCUCGAACACCAUUUAUGGAGCAUAUCUAAUCUUUAAAUUAGCAUACGACCCCUAUGAUGGUGAGAGGGGCAGUGGCAGAGAGAAGGCCGUAUGCCGUAGUGAUAGAUGGACAGAAUUCCAAAUCGGAAGUUUUUAUGUGGACGGUGCAGACGAGCAGGAGAUGGAAGCGCGUGUCGUCGAGACAAGUAACCGAUGGAAGGGUGGUCUUUUAGUUGGGGGAAUCGAGUUUCGACCUCUUGUCAGCGUUAAGCAACUCUGAUAUCUUGUGUUUACUUUGUACUUCUGCUCCUUCGUUUACCAGAAAUAUGCAACAGAUUUUCUAAUA